GUUCUCGAAAACUCACAGCAGCUUCUACCUCUGCUCGUAGAAGAAGCAGCGAAGUCGGUUCCAAACUUCCACUUUUGUGUAUAUAAACCUCUACAUGUAUCAUGGUUAUGACAAUAUCAGUUGAUAUCUACUAUAUACUUCUAUUUUUCGUACGUACAGUAGUGUUUCCGUUGCGUAAAUGGAGAAUCACAGAGGAUUUGAGCGUGUGUUCAGCUACUUUGAUGAAAACGGCGACGGGAAGAUUUCGCCCUCGGAGCUGAGAAACCGGCUAGGGUUGAUGGGAGGAGAAAUGCUGCAAAACGAGGCGGAGGUUGCCGUUGGGUAUUUGGACUCGGACGGAGAUGGCUUGCUGGGUCUGGAUGAUCUUGUUGAGUUGAUGGAAGGUGGAGAAGAGGAAGAGAAAAUGAAGGGUUUGAGAGAGGCUUUUGAAGUGUAUGAUUUGGAGGGGUGUGGGUUUAUAACACCCAAGAGCUUGAAGAGAAUGCUUAACAAGUUGGGUGAGUCCAAGUCUAUUGAGGAAUGCAAGGCGAUGAUCAGUCGGUUUGAUUUGAAUGGGGAUGGCCUCAUCAGCUUUGAGGAGUUCAUAGUAAUGAUGCAAUGAAAUAGAGAUUCACAGUGAUGUGUAGUGUAUAUAAUUUCAUUUAUUCAUUCAUUCUUUUCCUUCUGGGUUUGAUAUUUGAGAUUCUAACUGAGCUCUGCUCAUGAUAUUGUAAUAAUUCUGCUCUUUUGUAUUGGUAAAAUUUUCAGCAUGAUUACUAGAGAAUUUGUUUAAUG